AUGGAGACCAUUAAGCAAGGCAUGAACUACGUCGCCGAGACCGUUCAGGGCACCGGUGCCGAAGCUUCCAAGGAGGCCAACAAGAACGUCGCCAAGAACGACGAUGCUAAGAUUUCCACCCGUGCCAGCGCCGCCAAGGAUGCCAUUGUCGACAAGAAGGACGAGGUCUCCCACAACACCAAGGCCGAUGUCCACAAGGAGGCUGCCAAGAACUAA